AUGCACUUACUGGCACGCGAUGAGCGCUUGCUGUAUGACCGUCGCAGUGAAGAAAUUCUGGGUGAAACGUUGGCGGCGUUCGCGGGUUUCGACAGCUCUCGAUUGGAUCCAACGGAGUGGAAAUUUCUGGCCAGACGCGAUCAAAUCACAGUGCACCGCGCUGUAUCAGCCACUCGUGAGGGCGUCGACAGUCACAAACGUCGAGUCAUUGCCAGCGGGUUACUGAACGCGCGUUUAACAGACGUUUUAGGCGGGCUCUACGUGGAGGAUGACAACGAGCUGUUGACAACGCAAGCUAUACUGAAUCCAAGUGGAUGCAUCGCUGUGGACGCCGCAGUACUAAUGGUAGCUGAGAGGAGACAAGUUCGAGCCACUCCGUUCCGGUUUGCAGGCGUAAAAUGGAUUUCCUGGAAGAGAAAUGUCAAAAUUGGUAGUCCACCUCUGACAAUUGGGGAGGGACAAGAAUACGAUUUAUUGACGUACGAACGUAUGGGUAUGGCGCUAGCAGAGCAAAGUGACAAAGAAGGCAGCCAGGAAGUGGCGUACCACGUGAUACUGUCGCUGAACAAGCCCGAAUGGCCAUUAAAUGUGGCUCGAGGACCUGGCUUACGACGAGCAGAUAUGGCAUUCUGUUACCUGUUCCGUAAAGUGUGCGAGGACUUGGUGGAAUGUUUUACACUAGUGGAUUAUGAUUGUCGGACGUCUGCAUCGUCGAGAAGAGCAGCAGAUACCGAGAUGGCGGACAGAGUUCUCAUGAUCACGAGGUUGCCGGAUUGUGCAUUGGCGAAGAGAUUGUCAGGGUGUAUACGGAAGGCAAAAGGCCGCCAAGUGUUGAUGAGCAAGACUUGUCUGCGUUGCGGAUCCAAAAGAAAAGUCACGGAUCCUUUGCGUUGUUGCUGCAUUUGCAAAAAAUCGGUUUGUCACAAAUGUUACAAGCUGAAAGUUACUUUUUCCAUGAACUCCCGGACACAUGAGCCGGAGACGGAUACUUUUUGUAACAAAUGUCUUGCUCGCAUCGCUAUUCUUACGGCAAAGAAGAACGCACAGCACAAUACGUCGGCUUCAGCUAACAGCAGUAGCAGCGGGAGUUCGAGAGACAGAGACCGGGAGAGCUAUUCGGGAGGAUCCAGUGAGAGCAACAGGAACAGCUUUAAAUUCUGGAAAAAGAGCAAGGAUAAAAGAGUUCCAAAACUACGACGUUUUCGGUCGAGCUAG